CGGAAGCCAUUGCUCUCGGGAGGCGAUUGCGGCUCUACACAUGGGCAGAGGAGGCGUCCAUCGCGGCUUUCACCCGGUUGUUGGGGACUCUCCACUUCCCCGCUACAGACCGCACCUGCUGUAUGAACUUGACGUCCUUUCAGCGGCAGCUUCCGUGACCUCCAUUCCACCCAAUUCUAACGUCAGCCUUAUGCCUGCUCGAAGAGUCCCGUGACAGCGAGAGGGAAGCCUCCUGCUGCCAGUGCCCUAUUCUGGCAGACUGACUGUCGUUCUCACAGGAUGGCAGCUCCUGGUCUGUCUCCCACGUGUGCUGCGUCCAUCCAGGACCCUGCCUAUAUCCAGGAGCCAGAGAUUCAUCCCUCCAGAGACCAUUCCUGUCCCCAGGAUGUGGACCUGUUUGCUUGCAGUGGCCUGGAGCCUCCUGUGCCAACCAGUGUGGGUUCUCAGGAGUCAGUGACUUUCCAGGACGUUGCGGUGGACUUUACUGAAAAGGAAUGGCCCUUGCUGGAUUCUUCACAGAGAAAACUGUACAAAGAUGUGAUGUUGGAGAACUAUAGCAACCUUGCUUCAGUGGGGUAUCAGGUGGGCAAACCCAGCCUUAUCUCCCACUUGGAACAAGAAGAGGAGCUGAGGACAGAGGAGAGGGGACUUCACCGAGCCACAUCUCCCGAUUGGGAGACUCCAUCUAAAAGCAAAUGGUCCAUUCUCAUGGAAGACAUUUUUGGCAAGGAAACACCCCGUGGUGUGACAGUGCAGGAAAGAACACGUCUUGGGGAGAAACCCGCCGAGUACACUCACCUGUUUGAAGUCUUCAGCAUGGGCACCCACCUUACCCAGCAAAUGGGAAGGCACCCUGGCAAGAGGCCCUAUCACCGGCGGGACUGUGGGGCGGCCUUUAAGAACAGGUCACCUCUAACCCAACACGUGAGCAUUUACAACGGGAGAAAAAUGCACGAAUGCCACCAGUGCCAAAAAGCCUUCACGACAAGUGCUUCCCUCACGCGGCACAGGAGGAUCCACACUGGGGAGAAGCCCUACGAGUGCAGUGCCUGCGGGAAAGCCUUCAAUGACCCCUCCGCCCUUCGGAGUCAUGCACGAACUCACCUCACAGAGAAGCCCUUUGACUGCAGUCAGUGUGGAAACGCCUUCCGAACCCUCUCCUCCCUGAAGAUACACAUGAGAGUUCACACCGGGGAGAGACCUUACAAGUGUGAUGAGUGUGGGAAGGCGUACGGCAGGAGCUGCCACCUCAUUGCACACAAACGGACACACACUGGAGAGCGACCGUAUGAAUGUCACGACUGUGGGAAAGCCUUCCAGCAUCCCUCACACCUCAAAGAGCAUGUCCGAAAUCACACUGGAGAGAAACCCUAUGAAUGCACACAGUGUGGGAAAGCCUUCCGAUGGAAGUCGAACUUCAACUUGCACAAGAAGAACCACAUGGUAGAGAAAACGUACGAGUGUAAAGAAUGUGGGAAAUCCUUCGGCGAUCUCUUGUCACGGAGGAAGCACAUGAGAAUUCAUAUUGUGAAGAAACCCAUCGAAUGUAGACAGUGUGGGAAGGCGUUCAGAAACCAGUCCAUCCUGAAGACGCACAUGAAUUCCCACACCGGAGAGAAGCCGUAUGGGUGUGAUCUGUGUGGGAAAGCCUUCAGUGCGAGCUCAAACCUGACCACACACAGGAAAAUACACACUCAGGAGAGACGCUAUGAAUGUGCCGUGUGCGGGAAAGUGUUUGGGGAUUAUUUGUCCCGGAGGAGGCACAUGAGUACUCAUCUCGUAAAGAAACGUGUUGAGUGCAGGCAGUGUGGGAAAGCCUUCAGAAACCAGUCCACCCUCAAGACACACAUGAGAAGUCACACAGGAGAGAAGCCGUACGAGUGCGAUCACUGUGGGAAAGCCUUCAGCAUAGGCUCAAACCUGAAUGUGCACAGGAGGAUACACACCGGGGAGAAGCCCUACGAGUGCCUGGCCUGCGGGAAGGCCUUCAGCGACCACUCAUCGCUUCGCAGUCAUGUGAAAACUCACCGGGGAGAGAAGCUCUUCGUGUCUUCUGUGUGGAAAAGGCUCCAGUGAUGCGUCUGCCUUCAGGGAAACACGAGAGCUCAGACAGGGCCCAGUUGGUGUCAUGGCUGGGAAAGACUUGUUUUUCCUCAUCACUGUGGGCAUUCGCGAGAACUCAUGCUAGGGGGCAAAACUAUACCUGUGGUAUGCAGGAGUCCGGUGCGCAUUCAGCUCUUAAAAAUAAAAAAUGAGAACUUAGGGAGAGAGACCGUAGCUUGGUAUUUAAUGUCAGAAUGACCUUAGCACCACCAGCACCUUCUGGGCAUACGAGCAAGCGCACCAGGGACUUACUGGUCUCACACCGUAUUCUUGAUGAACAAAAUCAUACUAAAGAGAAAAACCUAUAAAAUAGGAAUGUGGGAAAGUCUAUAAGAGAGGUCAGCAAACUGGCCGACUGUCUAUUUUUGUAUGGCUUGCAAACUAAGAAUAGUUGAUAACAUUUUUAAAGAAGAAAAACAUGUGGCAAACGCCACAUGUGACUCACAGAGCCUAAAACACCUACUUUCUGGCCCUUUACAGAAAAACCCAGCCAGCCCUUGGUCUACAGGAAUAGUUCUAACCCGGUGGUGAUUUUGCUUAUCUGGAGACCUUUUUGAUUGUGAAAACUGGGCGGGGGGUGGGGUGCUACUGGCACAUAAUGCCCGGGAGCCCCUGCAGGAGAGAAUUAUGUGGCCCCAAAUGUCAGUAUUGCUGAGGUUGAGAAACCAUGGCCUACAACAAUCGCUCAGUUUUUAUGAAACGUACUCACACUAGGAGACAUUUCUGUUUAAAACUUCAAAAAGCCUAGCCAAUGGAAUUCUUUCAGGAAACGUGAGAACCCACACCGCGGACGGCCCGCGUGUGGGGAUGAUUUUAGCCGCAGCCCCCUCACUUGUGCUCAUGAGAAUUCAUACCCUGAUGGAAUUUUCUAGUGAAUCAUGAAAUUGCAUUUGUCAGUCUUUCAUCAUGAAAACAGACCCUCACUCAUUAAUUUGUAGUCUUUACUCUUAAGAUCAUGCUCCUCUAACACUUGGGCUUCAUUACAGGUUUGUAUAUAGUAUUAUUAUAAUUCCAUCCUUGAUAUGUGUUCAUUUCCUUUUGGAUAACUCCCUUGACCAGUGGACUGUUUGGCAUUGUGUUAAAUGCUAUGUAACAUGUGGGUAUUUUUAGUACCUGUUUGUUACGAGUGUCUAAGUCAGAUGCGUUGCUAUCAGGGCAUGAUGUCUUCAUCAGAUGGAUCCUCUGGAAUGUUCUGGGCCUCCUGUCUCUGCAGGAGUGACAUACACUUCUUGUUGCUCUCCUGGUGUCACAUCUUUCACAUCAAGAAAAUCCAAGUUUUGUCAGAUUACCAAGAUACCCUAGUUUUAGAAGUCUCUUAACGAGUUUUCCACAACUAUUACAGUCUUUAUGUCACAGCCUGCCAUUGACUGAUAAGCAGAUGUCACUGUAUGGGCUGUUGACAAGAGAGCUCUUGAAAAGGGAUUCUUCUUACCUGCAUUCUUCUACAGAUUUUGUUUUUGCUCUUUUCCCUACUUCUCACCUUGCAAGGAGACCAAGUACCUAGUGUUCAAAGAUGUGUCUUGUGACCAUGAGGCUGCAAGCCACAGGCUAAAGAGGAUCCUGGCCCCUCCAGUCACUUCUUUUUUUUUUUUUUUUUUUUUUUUUUUUCAACGUUUAUUUAUUUUUG